GUGGGACACGUGACCGAGACGCUGUCGAUCCUGCGACCCUCCUGGUACAGUCCGGGAGCAGAGGUUUUGCUCCGGCGGGAAAGGGCUGGAGAAACCUCGGUCUGAGGCCGGCGUUCGGAGACUCACGGCUUUCGGAACAGCCGAGCUAGCGGACUUCUCGCCUGGCCCUCCGCUCGCGGCCGUGGGCAGGGCGGGUUAGGUCACUUGCUAAGGAAAGAACCCAACCAGUUUGUCACGUGUUCCUCUCCCAGUGACUUGUACCUCAGUUUCCUUGCCAGUGAAGUGGGCCCAGUGCUGCCCGAAAAAGGUUGCUCUGGGGCUUGCCUGAGACGGGACGCGUGGAAAUGCCCUGCCGAGCGUAAAUGGGGCGAUGGCCUCGCGGGACGGAGCGGCCUGGGAAAGCUCACCGUGGGUCGGGUAGCGGAGCGGAGCCCCAGGGCCUCGGCUGACUUAGUGGGUAUGUGGCGGGCCCGACGCCACUAGGUGUGGACCACUGGCUUUUGUUAUCUUUACGACCUCAGUGAGGGUCAGAAGUGGCCGCGAGCCCUGUAGGAGAGGCCUGGCUGGGGGCGCACAGCCUGGAAGUGGAGAAACACGGCUGGACCCUGCUAAACCCACAGACCUCCGCCAGGUCGCUCUUGCGAGGCAAGAAGCGAGGGUUGGCGAGCCAGCUGGGAGUACCCACCACCUCCAUGCCUUUUGGAGUCACCCAAACCUCAGCGACAGCCCAGCCUGCCCAAAAUACUGAUGAGCUUGGAGGCCGGGGCCCUGGCUUCUCAGUCAGGGUCUCCUCCCCAUGGCGGCAGAGCUGUCUGGCGUUUUCAGCCCUUUAUACCAAGGGCAAGAGGGCCGCAGGCCAGAGCCAACAAAAAAGGAGAAGCAGAGGGAAUGAGAAACCUGGAAGCUGGAACGGGAAGGAGGGAGUGAAAUGGGCAAAGGCCCAAAGAAAAACAACUCCCCCCCUCCUAAGCUUAGUUCAUUUAACUCUGUAAAUACCUACCGAACAUGCCUACUGGAUGCCAGGCGCUUUUUCUAGGCACUGGGCAGCUAGCAUUAAACAAGAGGCAGAAAUCUCUGCCUUCAACAAAAUCUAUGCUGUGUUGAAGUCCACUGUCCUGGAAACCUUUCUUCUUGAAGGCACCUUCCCUUCACUUCUGCUUCAAGUUCCCAUUCCACAGAGGGACAGAAACUCAGUCUCAGUGCAUCCCGGAUCCCACCCUUCAGUGCUGGGGGUUGUGGCAGCCAAGUCAUGUGUGGAUCGCAUGCAGGACACCACGUCCCAUUUAGUUGUCCAGCACAGUUUUAAUUCUGUAGGUGCAGUAUUAAGAGAGGAGGCUGAAGACGCACAUACUUGCUUAAUUUUUCCUUCGUUACUUGCUGGGGAUGGCAGCAGCAGCUUGCGGCUGAGUUUUGGUGUUCUUCCUGACGGUGACAGCCGAGCAGGCACUAGGUCCUUGCAAAAUGCAGGACGCUAGGCAGGGUAUUCACCUUGCACAGUGUCCCUUCUCACACCGCCCCUCAGGUUGGGAGUGAUGGUUUAAUGUGUACGGAAUUUCUCUUUGGGAUGACGAAAGUGUCUGGAAAUAGACGGUGGUGAUGGUUAUGCCACUUUACAACUUUACUUAAUGCCACUGAAUUAUACACUUCAAAUGAUUAAAAUGGUAAAUUUU